AAGCGGACAAUGUCCAAAAAUAAAUCAUACUUUCUGUUAUAUAGUCCUGGAUAUCCAGUCGUUUUUGCGUGAUAGAAACUUUCAUUAUUCAAAGAAAACAUCAAUUUUAAGACUUAAUCCAUUGUAUCUUACCUCUUUUGAUAAAAAUGUCAGACAACAAGACGCUCAAAUCAGUAACCGAUCAACACUCCUAUCUAUCUGAAUCGGCAACAUCCAUAACAGAUAAUGUAAAAAACGAAACUGAGAUCGAAAAUUCAGUCUCGUUAACAGAAGAACAAGAUGCAUCGAUGCAAAAUACGGAGUGUAAGAUGUUGUAUAACACAAAGAGUGAGCUUUCAGAAAUGCCUAUUAAAGAAAUAAAUCAGACUGUCGUUGAAGAUGUAGAAGUAGCUUAUGAAACCUCGCUUGCAGAAAAAGAAGCGAAAGAUAACGUAACAAUCGUGAAGCAAAAUGAGCAAUCGCCAAAUAUUCAACAAACGUCCAUAGGCGCAGGAGACACUUGCUUCGCUUUCUCGCCAAGACAAAAUGAAAACGACGAUGCUCAGAAGAUAGAAGAGAAAACGUUAUUUACUUCAGAGAUCGAACAGAUUAAAUUGGAGGAUGAGCAGAGCACGACUGAAAAUGAACUCACGAUAUUGAAAUUGAAAGACGAAGUUUCGAAAGUUUCUAUCGAACGAGAUUCUUAUCAAAAACAAUUGGAAAGCACGGAGAAAAAGCUAACCGAAUUGCAAUCGUCCUACGAUACCCUGAUGAAGGGUGAAGGUAACGAGGUGAUGCUUCGUCGGAUGGUAGACCAGUUGAAAGGCAAACUUAUUCAGACCUCGUUGCAAUUAGAGGAUCGUAUCCGUACUGUAGCUAAUCAAGAGAAACAGAUUAGCGCGUUGAACAGUCAAGUGGCUUCACUGAAAGAAGUAGAAUCUCUCACUAGAAGUCUGUUGCAAAUUCGUAACAUGGAAGUAAAACACUUGCAGGCGGAAGUGGAUGAUAUGGAGGCUCGAAUUUCAGAGGAAAGAGAACGAUACAAUACGAUGAUUAGUAAAAUGGAUGCUGCGGUGAAAUUGAAUGCGGAUUUAAAGAAAGAAUACGAGACGCAACUUUGUUUAUUCCGAGAUUUACGAGAAAAAUACGAGGAAAAGGUUUCAUUGUUAUCGGAAGAGAAACGGGCGCUUGAGGCUAACGUGCAAACAGAUUCUAAAUAAAAAUGUGUUUUAAAUUGUUUUAUAAUUAAUACAAUUUGUAUAAAAUUAAUAAUAAAAAUAGAUAAAAGAUAA